CUUCCGGUCUAUCAUUCUAACCCCGGCGUGAGGGGGAACUGUGUCUCUUGUUCUUAUAAGGAUACAUAUUUGAAAUAGUUUCUCAAAGGAGUCCUCCCCUCUCCAUGUGCAUCCCUAAUGGGCGGCUGGACUCGUAGUGCGGUGCUGGAGCUGUACCGAGCACUGCUCCGUGCAGGGCGCCACCUUCAGUACACAGACCGCAACUACUACCGGUGCGCAGUGGCCCGUGAGUUCCGCCGCUGCCAGGCCCUGACCGUGCCGAGCGAUAAGGAGGACGCGCUGAAGAGGGGCCAGUUCUUCCUCAGCAGUAGACUGGGGGGAUUGAUGUAG